CCUGUUGCUUCCAGUUAUCAAUUUUUUUAUUGUGUGAAAGCGCGAAUUAAAGAUGGUUUUAUGGGGGCUGGUUUUGUUGGGGAUUUUAAUUACAGUGAAGGGUGAUGAUCGUGGGGCCAGAGUGAGGAGAAUUGUUGGCGGGGACCCUGCGAUAGCCCCUCCUGAAGACGAUCCUGUGGUUUUUACAAGGUUUAAUGGUAAAAGUGCGAGGGUUUUGGGGGUGAGAGAUCGGCCUCAUUAUGUUUUCCGUGGGGUUAGAUAUGGUCACUCGCCUGUGGGGAAGGAGAGAUUCCUGAGGCCACGACAGUAUUUUUUAGAAGGUUUUGAAAAUGCAACACACUUCCCCCCUCCUUGUGUUCAGCCUGUUCCUGGUAAGGAUACUGUACUGGGAAAGGAAGACUGCCUGUUUCUGAAUAUCUUCACUCCAACUCUUCCCACAGGAACCGAAGGUCUUCCUGUCAUUGUCUGGAUACACGGUGGAGGUUUUCGUUACGGUUCCGCCUCGCAAUAUGGAGUUCGCCACCUCGUCGGAAAACAAGUCGUGGUAGUCACAAUCCAGUACCGCCUAGGCUCACUAGGUUUCCUCAGCACCGGUACCAAAACCCUUCCUGGUAACGCCGCGCUUUGGGACAUGGUACUAGCGGUCCAAUGGACCCGCAACUACAUCGGCUUUUUCGGGGGCAACCCCCACAGAAUCGUAGUUAUGGGACACGGGUCGGGGGCCAGUAGCGCCAUCAUGGUAGCCCUGUCCAACGUAGCCAAAGGCCUAACCAGCGGAAUUGUAGCAAUGUCAGGAUCAUCACUGUCCCGUUUUGCUGUCGACGACGCCCCAAAAAGCACAGCGGUGGAAGUGGCAGACGCCAACGGUUGUCCCACUGGGUCCGAACUCACCAUGGUCCGAUGCCUACAAAAUCUAUCACCGGCUUCAAUAAUCAAAGUAGAUUCUUCUAUUGAAACCGAACGCAUGACGAAACAAGGCUUCCUUUCUGGGUUAGCUGGAAAACUAGGGUCCGCUCCUGUUUUCGAAGGUAGAAGAGACGGUCGUUCGUUGCCCCCCGUCUCCGAAAAGGAACCACUCAACGAUCCAGAUUCCUCCCACUCGAAGAUACCGUUGUUGACGGGGAUAACCAAAGAUGAAACGAAGAGGGCCUGCCAGAACCAGUUCAAAGACGAAAUUAUCAAGAACUUGAAAAAGAUUCCCGACUUUUUGGACAAAGUGGUUGUGAAGAAUUUGCAGAGUGCGCUAGGAAUAGAGUUCAACAAGAACACGAGUGCUGGAAACUUGUUAGGGCUUUUGGAUACCAACCAGUUCAAAAAUUACUUGAGCUACCAAAAGGAUAACCUCGUUCAAGGGUUGGGGAAGAUAUCCGAAGCUACGAGUGAUGCUUUAUUCAAUGUUCCUGCGUUGUUAACAGCAGACGCUUGGUCCAAACAAGACGCACCUUCGUUCCUCUACAGGUUCGAGCACGCCGGGAAGCUGGGAAAAGGGUCCAAUUUUUUGAAAGGUUUACCACUUAUUGGGAAUACCAGUCAAAGUGAUGCCUCAGACGGGACUGUGUCUCACGGUGACGAACUAGCUUACCUUUUUGAGUCACAAGACAUGGAAGGCCGUUCCAUACAGUCAGAUUCUGGAAAUCCAGACGACGACAGAGUUCGUGAAUUUUUCACACAGAUGGUGACAGAUUUUGCCCGUUUUGGUAAAGUUCGUUUAGGCAACCAAGAUGUGAAGCCUUUUUCCAUCAAGGAUAACAAUUUUAUUGAAGUCAGUCCCAAACCUAAGGUUUCGCGCGAUUUUAGGUAUUGCGAAAUGGGGCUGUGGUUGGGUUUAGCUCAAAGAUUGCAAAGUAACACUUGCAAAUUGUUUCAAGUGCUCGAUGCCACUCCUUUGGGGACUUUGGGAAGUGGAACUCAGAAACUUGGACAAACUAUCGGAAAGGUUGGAGGUGAUUCCAAGAAGCUUCUGCCGUCGCUUGGCAUUGGACGUUGAGACCAUUUUAUUUUGCUUAUAAAUGUUCUGACAUAUUGUAAUUCGGAUAUGUAGAGGAAAUAAAUGCUUAUUUAAUUUUA